GCGAGCUCUGUGUAAAUGCGCGAGCCGCCGCCGCGAGCCCCGCACUCUCGGCUCGAGCCAUAUUUGCAUUGUUCCCAGCACCGGCAACAGCAGCAGCAGCGGUUCCGUUCUCACUCUCAAACACAACCAUCCACACCGACAACAAUGUCAGACAGCAAAGUAGAAAUAAGUGUCGAGCGAGCCCCGAAGGACUUGAAGAAAACUCAAGAGGUAGAGCCUGAAAAUGGCAAAGGUGACGUACCAGCCAAUGGAAAUGCUGGAAAUGAAGAAAAUGGAGAGGAAGUUGAAGAGAAUGCAGACGAGGUAGAAGAUGAAGAAAGCGAAGAUGUUGGUGAAGAUGACGAGGAGGAAGAGGAUGAAGAAGAUGAGGAGGGUGAUGAUGAGGAAUGUGAGGGAGCUGCAGAGAAACGGGUGGCUGAAGAUGAAGAGGAUGAUGUUGCAAAGAAGAAGCAGAAAACAGAUGAUGAAUAAGCUGUAUUUUCAUCUACAAUUUCCCCCCUUUUUUUUCUGUUGGAAAAACUUGGUCAUCAUCACUAAGUAGAGUGUACACCAGUGCAAGUCAACUGCAGAAUUUUUAAAAUAAAAUUACUAAGACUUCAUGGCCCUACUUCUUUCUUAAAAUCCUAAAGGAGAAUUUGUUUGUAUUUUUAUUUACAUUUUAUAUUUUUGUACAUAUGGUUAGAGGUCAGCCAAUUUAAACAGUGAUCUCUGGUGACCAAACAGGGCUUUGAAGUUCUUCUGUAAAACUGACUUUACUGGUGGUUUGACCAUGUCUUGGCCACAUUAUCUUAAAGGUAAUCUGUAAAAACAAAAUUAAUUUUGAGCAUUCCAAUAACUGUAUGUACUUUAGCUGUACUAUAAGUAGUUGGUUUGUAUGAGGUGGAAAGGCCAAAGAUCAAGGUUUUUUUGUCUGAAAUGCUGUCCAUUGUGGCCUGUUGUAUGUGUGAAAAGUUUGUUGUCCACAAUAAACCGGAAUUUUAUUUUGCUGAGUUUUUCUGAUGAA